AUGCUGCUCAGGAUUGCCUGCUGUCUUCCCCUCAUUAGCUUGUUACCAGAGUCAAAUAAUACAAGAUUGAAUCACUCUCACUCACCACAUCACAUCGGAACUGUCUGUGAGAUGUGUGGCAUCGUGGGCACACGGGAAGCCUUCUUCUCCAAGACAAAGAGCUUCUGCAGCGUCUCCUGCUCUAGGAGCUACUCCUCAAAUUCCAAGAAAGCCAGUAUCCUGGCCAGGCUACAGGGGAAGCCACCCACCAAGAAAGCCAAAGUUUUACAUAAGGCAGCUUGGUCUGCCAAAAUUGGAGCCUUCCUCCACUCCCAGGGAACUGGGCAACUAGCAGACGGGACUCCCACUGGACAGGAUGCUCUGGUCCUGGGCUUCGACUGGGGCAAGUUCCUGAAGGAGCACAGUUACAAAGCCGCUCCGGUCAGCUGCUUUAAACACGUCCCGCUGUUUGACCAAUGGGAGGGUGUAGUGAAAGGGAUGAAAGUGGAGGUGCUGAACAACGACGCCGUCCUACCCAGCCGGGUGUACUGGAUCGCCUCUGUCAUCCAGACCGCAGGGUACCGGGUCCUGCUGCGAUAUGAAGGCUUCGAGAACGAUGCCAGCCACGACUUCUGGUGUAACCUGGGCACCGUGGACAUCCACCCCAUCAGCUGGGUUGCCAUCAACAGCAAGAUCCUGGUGCCUCCUCAGACCAUCCAUGCCAAAUACACGGACUGGAGGAGCUACCUCAUGAAGCACUUGGUGGGGUCCAGGACCAUCCCGGUGGAUUUCCAUAUCAAGAUGAGGGAACCGACGCCGAGAGAAGCUGACACCCAUGGACAUCCCAACCGUGGUCAGGGCAGAAUCGGAAUAUUCAUGAUAAUCAGCGGUCACACCAAAAACAUCCAAGAAGAAGAAAGAAUUGAGAAUUAUCUUUAA